AUGUCCGAAAUCAGAAAUAACGAAUCUAGUUCGAGAACUGGGACCGAAUAUAAACUAUCUGUGAGUAGUAAUCCCGGAUCAAGGAGAUCAUCCAUAGCAAGCAUCAAUAUAAAUGACAACUUCAAUGGUAAGCCUGGCAAUGUGAAUGGAAGUGGGUUUGAAAUGGAAGGUGACCAGAAUGUGCUUCAGGAGUAUUUGGUCCCUCAAAUUAGAGAAUUGACAGAUUCCGUAGUCACCUUAGAUAGUAAUCUAGCACGUUUAAAUGCGAUACAUGACAAUCUUAUCGAUUUAAAUGAAUCCUUUGGCUCGUUGAUAUAUGGUAUUUUAUGCACAUCAGCUUGUACAGAUUUUCCUGGUGUCUCUUUAGAUAUCGAAAGAGAAUUAAGGUCCAUUAAACGUGUCCAAACAUUAAAACAAGAGAGAUUGCAAUUGGAGGAACAAUUACAUUUAUUGAACACAAACAGCUCAGUCAAGGUAAAUAUUAGCAAAUCUGGUUCAGGCAAAUUUUCUGAACCAUUGUUCCCAGUCAGAGGGAACACAACAAAUUAUAAGACUAAUAAUGUUCCUAGAAGAAGAUUUGCUAAAAAUAAUAAUAGUACUGAGAAUGAAAACGUAUAUGAUGAUAACAACAGUGAGGAAUCGUUUGUAUUAAACCCUCCAAUUCAGAAACAAGCGUCAUCAGUUGGAAAUCCCAGUUAUGCGAUGAAUCAGAGACCUGUAGGUAAUUCUACUUCCAGACAAUCUGGUAAGUUGAGAAGAAGGUCCAUUCUCCAUACCAUCAGAAAUAGUUUAUUAGUGGACGAUAAUGCUGGAUAUCUACGACCAACUAAUAAUAUGAGGAAUUCUAACAACUUAGAAAGACCAUCAUUAGGUGGGUUACCAACAAGAAACAUAGAUAGAGUAGUUCAAGAAGGUCCACGGAGAAAAACAUUUUCAGCAGCAUCCAAAAAUAAUGAAACUUCGAGAAGAGUUACUAAAAUACGACCACAAUCUAAAUCCAAAUCAAUUAACGGAAGACCACCAUUUAGGUAG